AUCCAAUGAAAGCCAGCGAGGAAACCCGCCCAGUCUGGCGGCCGUGUGAGAGACUCCGAGCCUCAGCAGCUUCUCCUCUACCGGAUCCUCUGGAAGCGGCGGAUAAACAGCUCCUGUCUCUCUUCACCACACACGCUAGAUGGAACACUGGAGAUGGAGAGUUGAUGGUUGUGUAUUUUUACUGGACAUCGGACAAGCUGGAAAAUUGGAAUCACUGGUUUAAGGAACAGAUCCGACUCUGAUGCGUUCAUUCCUGAGGCCAGAAUUGUUCAGAAAGUAUAAAGUAUAAGGGUCCCCGAAAUAUGAGGAUUAAUGCUGAGUCAAAUGGAAAAAGAACAACCGACUUUUCAAUACAUAAACCAAACUGCUCGGGCUGGAUGUAGAUGUUUAUGUGAGUAGCAAGUGAAAAAAUCUAAAAGAUAUCAUGCUCUCUAUAAGCGCUUUAGUGGCAUUCUCUUAAUCCAGUAGUGUGUAACUUACAGGGCUGUUUGAUUAUAAACAAAUAAAGGUGAUGUUGAUCAAGCAAGACCGAGGACACAUGCGUCGGAAUGAUACAGGGUUCCACCCCACUUGUUCAAUUUCUACUCCUGCUCAUCCUUAUGGGAUUUGCAAUGGCUGGUCUACAUUUGUGGCCCGCGGUACAUGUUGCUCUAAGCAAUGCCAGUGUCUUUGUCACUUACAAUACAGACAGCAACAUGACAGCCAGUGAACUUUCUAUGGAUUUGGUUGACGUUGAUAAGAAUUUAACCGUGCUAACUAGACGUUUGCCAUUCAACCAGUCGGGGGGCGUUCUGGAGUUUGACUGCACAUCCUUCUCAUAUGCUGGAAACUUCAGCUUCAGAUUAGACCAACAGAGCCACCAGGGUGCACUGAAAAGUACCUCCAGCUGGUGGAGCCCAGUAUUACAUGUCCAGUGGCCCACUUUCCACUUUGGAGUAGAACGUGCUAACAACGACCACAGCUCUGGUGCAUUUCAGGUUUCUGUGUCUACCAACGUUGACUUCCAUUUCUGCCUGUACAUCAGUGCAUCCCUCUAUCUAGAGGUCAGCUACAUGGAGCACAACACAGUUGGGAAGAACACCAUCGACAAGGUACAAAAACGAACGACACACAACAUCCAGCUUGUAAAGUCACAGCAUGUGGACAUAAAGUGUGCCUCCCUGCUGACUGAGGCUGAUUUCAUCCAAGUAGCUCUCAAGUCCCACUAUACCCAGCAGGACAUCAAAUCCUCUGGACCACUCUAUCUAUCUCGCAUUUUCUCCUAUAAGCUCAUGGUCGAGAACAUCUACAGGAGUGGCUGUGAGGGCACAGUGUCUGUCCGGCUGCUCUAUCCACCCUGCACGGUCACCACAGGGAAGGUGCUGCUGUAUAAGGAGGCCAGUACAGCUGCAAAGCAGGAAACUUCUUCUCAGUCUGCCUUUCAAUUUCUUAGUCGAGGGGAGAAUGAGACCGAAUUUAACUGCUCCCAAUUUGAUCUUGGUCAGAAAAAGUACUGCUUUCACUAUGCACGCAUCUACAGUCACGCCCCCAGUUUGGCACAGACGUGCAUCAUUGUGCAAAGAAAUGCUGUAGAGAUGUGGGGCCCAUGGCAAACAUGGAGCGGGUGCAGCGUGACCUGUGGAGACGGGGUGCGAGAACGUGUCCGUGAGUGUUUGCUGCCCCCUGGUGGUGGCAUGCAGUGCACUGGCAUGGUGAAAGAGCAGUCACUUUGCUCCCUUGAGGUCUGCACUGAUGUCUUGCCGCCUGUUUCGGUCUCACCUCCUCCAGCUGUGGAUUCCUUUCUUGGAGGUAACCUAGUUGUUGUGGCUGGUAUCGUUCUCUGUCUAGCUGUCAUCCUUGUGACUAUCCUCAUCACAGUGUGGAGAAAAUUGUGCCAUGCCCCAAAGUGUAGCUCAGCACGGCCUGAGUCUAUGCAUUCUCCUGGUGGACGAAAGAACUCAGAUGAGGCUUCCAUAUGUGGACACAGCAUGCAGAGGCCUAGCUUCUCUGAGAGUAUGGGGGCAGUUCAGAAAGGCCAAUCAUGCCCUGUAUCUAUUCGAGCAGCAUCAGACAAGGGGGUACUGGCCUGUCAGCAGAGUUUUUCCCUCCCCAUGCCCUUUCCCCAGGAUCCUGAGCGGCUGUCCCCCUCUGGUCAAAAGAUUGUUCCUCCCAUUUUUGGGUAUCGCUUGGCACAGCAACAGCUUAAGGAAAUGAAAAAGAAAGGGCUCAGAGAAGCCACACAAGUCUAUCAUGUCUCUCAGAGUCCUGUUGAUGAUGCCAUGGUGGAGGCCACAGCCUCAACAUCUGCUGGUCUUACACCAGUGCCUCAAGACCUGGAAAGUCAAGAAGAAGUCAGUAUCAGUCACCUCCAAAAAUCCCUCUUCACAGAGUCCACAUGGCCUCAUAGAAACUCUGCCACGCUGCCUGACAGACUGAGCCACAAGGUGGACCCCCUAUUGGCCCCUCCAAAAGCUGUUAUUAGUGAUCGGGACCGACGGCAAGAACGCACAGCAGACUGGGUGGCAAUGGUGGAUCGAAACAGACUUAGUUCUUCUAAGAAUCCAAACUUCAGAAGGACAUCUAGCUUUAAUGAGAGCAACCUUCAGCAGUUAACUAAGCCACGGUCAUUUAGGGAGAGGAGCAUGACUCAGGUGGCCCCCCGCCAGCUUCCAGAGGGCAGCUGUAGAACCAGAGCUUGGGAGCAUACAAUACCUGAGCUGGGGGACUGGUCUCAAGCUAAAUAUAAGAUACCUGAAAUCUCUAGUGACCACAGACAACAGCCUUGGGUAAAUAUGCAUUCCUUUCCAAAAUCCAAACCUGCGAUGGUUAAUUCAGGGAUUUCAAUACCAACAAAAAAUCGAGUAACUGACAGGCAUGGAGUGGGCUGGGUCCCAUCUUUUGAAAUAGAUCGAGUAGAAAGGGCUGAACAAAAUUGGAACAGGAGAGGUCCAUCACCCAUACAGCGGAAUCUUUUGGCCAGGAAGUUGCGAGAAGCCAAUUCAUCAGCCAGCCACCACAGACAGAGAAGUUCCACCUUCUCUAGCUCUGAUCAAAGCAAGGGGCGAUGCCGUAGCCUCCCACUCUCUGCGGACUUCAGCAGCUCCUCCUAUGGCCUGACUGAGGAUGAGCAGCGAAUGAUGGACAUUUCUGGAUAUUUGGGAGAAGAGGUCGGGACAGGAAUAAUGAAAGACCUCGGACUCACCUAAUUAUAUCUGAGAAGAUCCUGAUCAGAAACUCCAGAGCUGGAUUUUCACAAGUGAAUGUUUCUCUAGGUUUUAAAGUAAAAAUAAUUGCAGUGGCUUUGGGAACAAGUUUUGUGAUUAGUUGAAAAAUGAAUAAUUUAUUAUAUUUAAAUUUCAUGUUAAUUAGUAAUCUAUUAGCAUCACAAAUUAUAUUAAACGUGCACAUUGUAGGAAUCUAAAGAUUCCUCUCAAAUAGAUUCCCCUCAAAUAUUCCUUAUUAUGUUAUUGGCACCUAAUUAACCAGUUAUAUAUAAGCACUAUUACUUUAAUGCACCAUAAGAUCAGACACUGAUACUGUAUAAUAGACCAAGCUGGAUUUAUCAAGUAAACAUUCUUCAAAAAAUAUAAUGUUAUUGCAAUUUUUAACUGCAUUAAUGCAGCAUUUUAAUUACAAUAUUUUAACAAAAUGUGUGUGUGUGUAUGUAUAUAUAUUAUAUAUAAAUGAAAAAAAGCUAUUUUUAUAUCUUGGUAAUUUUCAGAAUUAGUGCAUAUUAAUUUUGUUUUGGGAUCAGGAUUAAAAGAAUGCAGUCAUAAUCUGGCUGUAGUCUAGAGGAUAAUACAGAGUAGUUUAAAGUCUCUUUACACUGGAAGAAAUGUCUCAGCUCAUAAAAAAGCAAUAAAUGUUCUUUAUGCAUUGUAAAUAAAUUUAUUUCAUGUUCAUCAA